AUGGGAGGAUGUCACAGCAAGAAAGUUGUAAUCCCAGACUUUGAAACUCCAGCAAAAUGCAGGUCGAUGUUUGGAAGUUAUCAGUCAGAUAUACAGCCACAAAACAGAAUAUCGGAAGACUUACCAGUCAAUGGACAGAUGGCGGCGUUUACUUUGGAACACCUGGAGCACUUGGAGACUUGCCUGAAGGAAGCAGAAGGAAAGGCUAAAGUUCUAUUGGAACAGCUUGCAGCCUCCGAAGAAGCAAAAUCCCAACUGCUUGACAGAGUUGCCAAGCUGGAGGAAAGGCUGGAGGCUGCGAACCAGAGGAGUGCUAGCAGAGUGUCCUACGAAAACAUGGUUCUUGAGAAAGACAAGUGCAUCGAGAAGCUGCAAGUUGAAGUAAAAGCCUCCCAAGAGAAACUUACAGCCCAUAAACUAAAGCACAAAAAGACAGUGAAAAAGCUACAAACUGAUUUGGCAAUAGCUAAGCAAGAAGCUGCCAUUACUGUCCUGGAACUCAAUGAGAAGAUAAAGACACUCUGUGAAGGAAGGCCUUUCCCUAGAGCGUCAAACUCCGUGGAAGUGCCCUAUGGAGGUCUCCCCCCUGUGGAAGAGGGUGACAGAAAGAUUAGCCUCAUUAUGGAGUUAUCCACCCAGCUUUCCCUACAAACUGAGAAGAUCACUCAGCUCGAAGAAGUUUUAGCAGAAAAGGAACGGCAGAUUGAGGUGCUGGCAGCCACACGCACUAGCCAACUGUUCCAAGCGGAAGCGAACCUUACAGAAGAUUUACAAGAAGUCCCCACUGUAUGUGACGAUAGGAGUGUUCCCGUGGCCUCGAAGGAGGAGUUGUAGAUUUCCUAUAUGAUAAUAAUUAAAGUUUAGUGUCAUCAAGGUGGAGUCCAAAAUCUAAACAGCCAGUGAAGUUCGAGUUUACAAGUUUGAGUAUCACCUACAGUGUUCGUUCUGGGAGAAAUCCGUAGAAAGGGGGGCAUUCAGAAGCAGACCCUGAAAGUGUCUGCCACUCAGCAGUGGCCACCGAGCCACACAGCAGUAGAAGGCUGUGUCUUUAGACACUCCUGGUUAACAGUGGGUGAGGGAAGAACACAAAACCAGGCAGCUUGCUACCAUCCUCUCACGAGGAUGCUACACUUUGAAGGAAGGAUGCUAGGUGUCCCUUGGUGCAGCGCUGUUGGGCAGUGGAAGCUGGGUUGGAGGGCCUGCUUCACGUCGGGGAAGGAUAGAGCACAGAAGAGCGAAAUCAUUGCCCAGCGAGUAAAUAGCCAUGAGGUCUGUCCUUUCAUGUCCUCUCAAGUUUAUUUCUUUAUGGCCUGAAUUUUACGAGCAUUAGCGAAGGUAGAAACAAAAUAAUGCUGAAGCAAUUUUCAAAAAUGGAUCAGAGCUGUGGUCCUUUGGGAAAAGGUUCUGGACAGUAUCUCCCUGGGAAAA